AUGGUCCGAAAGUUUUGGGUAAGUGCCAAACGAGAUUGUGAUGGUGUGAAAUAUUUAAUAAAGUGGAAUGAGCAAAAUCCAAAAGUGAUUUCAUCGAAAGAGGCCAGGAACUUUGCUGUCAUAAUCAUCGAUUAUCUUCAAGCACAAUUAGUCUGGCACACUGAUGACGAUGAAGAAACGGGUGCACCGGAGCUGCUAACCAUUGAGCCUAAAGGCAAACCGAGCACAGUCAUGUAUGUAACGAAGGAUAAAGACGAAUUGGUAUACUUUUUCAAGCAUUCAGACUCAGACAUCAGCAUCAUGAAUGCAGAGAAGGCAUCAGUCAAAUACCCUGAGCUAGUGCUCACAUUUUUAGAGAGUUGCAUUGAAUAA